CGCAGACGUGGACGAGUGCCUGCAGGGCCGCUGCGAGCAGACGUGCGUCAACACCCCGGGGGGCUACAUCUGCCACUGUGACGGGCGCGGCGGCCUCAAGCUGUCCCAGGACAUGGCCACCUGUGAGGACAUCUUGCCGUGCGUGCCCUUCAGCGUGGCCAAGAGCUUGAAGUCCUUGUACUUGGGCCGCAUGUUCAGCGGGACCCCCGUGAUCCGGCUGCGCUUCAAGAGGCUGCAGCCCACCAGGCUCGUGGCCGAGUUCGACUUCCGGACCUUUGACCCCGAGGGCAUCCUCUUCUUCGCCGGCGGCCACCGGGACAGCACCUGGAUCGUGCUGGCCCUGCGGGCUGGCCGGCUGGAGCUGCAGCUGCUCUUCAACGGCGUGGGUCGCGUCACCAGCAGUGGGCCGGUCAUCAACCACGGCAUGUGGCAGACAGUCUCUGUGGAGGAGCUGGAGCGAAAUCUUGUCGUCAAGGUCAACAAGGAUGCCGUCAUGAAGAUCGCUGUGCCCGGGGACCUGUUUCAGCUGGACCGAGGACUGUACCAUCUGAACCUCACUGUGGGUGGCAUUCCCUUUAAGGAGAAGGACCUAGUGCAGCCUAUAAACCCGCGUCUGGACGGCUGCAUGAGGAGCUGGAACUGGCUGAACGGGGAGGACACCACCAUCCAGGAGACCGUGAAGGCCAACGCCAAGAUGCAGUGCUUCUCGCUGACGGAGAAGGGGUCCUUUUUCCCCGGAAGUGGCUUUGCCUUCUACAGCCUGGGCUAUGUGCGGACCUCGCUGGACGUGGGGACCGAGACGACCUGGGAAAUAGAAGUCGAGGCUCGCAUCCGCCCGGCCGCAGACACGGGGGUGCUGCUGGCACUCUGGGCGCCCGACCACCGUGCCGUGCCCCUUUCCGUGGCUCUGGUCGACUACCACUCCACCAAGAAGCUCAAGAAGCAGCUGGUGGUCCUGGCGGUCGAGAGCGUGGCCCUGGCCCUGAUGGAGAUCAAGGUCUGUGACGGUCAAGAGCACGUGGUCUCCGUGUCCGUGAGGGAGGACGAGGCCACCCUGGAGGUAGACGGCACCAAGGGCCAGAGCGAAGUGAGUGCCGCCCAGCUGCAGGAGAGGCUGGCCGCGCUCGGGCGGCACCUGCGGGAUCCCGUGCUCACCUUCAUCGGGGGCCUGCCAGAGGUGCCAGUGACCUCAGCGCCCGUGACGGCAUUCUACCGCGGCUGCAUGACGCUGGAGGUCAACCGCAGGCCGCUGGACCUGGACGAGGCCUCCUACAAGCACAGUGACAUCACCGCCCACUCCUGCCCCCCGGUGGAGCCUGCCGCGCCCUAGCGCUCCAGCGCCCGGACACAGGCCUCUCCCCACACACCGCAGGACGGGCCUGCCGGGCGUGGCCAUCCUCAGCAGAGCCGUCUCCGGGCCCUCUGCCUGUGACAUGUGUAAAUAGCGAGGGACUGGUGUGGCCGCGGGCCGGGGCGGGGCCGGACGCCGCACAGCAGACCCGAGGAAAAUAAUUCUCCAUUAUUUUUAUUACCGGCGCUUUUUCUGACUCUAAAAUAUGGAAAAUAAAUAUUUACGGAGAGCUUUUUAACACCA